GCGUGUGUUGCAUUGUGGGAUUGCAUGUCUAGCAACCGUGCUAGCAGAUUAUGGAAAACAAAAUUUUGUGCCAUAACUGAUACAAUUCUUUCGUUUUAGAAGAACAUUUUAAAAAAUUGUUUAAGAAUUACACGUUAUAUAUUUUUUUAUUUAGUAAUUGCAUGUAGUUAGUGAGUAAGUUGAACAACUACAGCAGAAGAUAGUAACGUUAGGUAGCUAGCUAAUAAACUUGGCUAGAAUGACUUCGUCUUCAGCAAAGGUGGGUGAAAUCUUCUCGGCGGCAGGAGCUGCCUUCAGUAAAUUAGGUGAACUCACCAUGCAACUGCAUCCUGUAGCAGAUUCAUCUCCUGCAGGAGCCAAAUGGACAGAGACUGAAAUCGAGAUGCUGCGUUCAGCUGUGAGCCGCUUUGGUGAUGAUUUGAACAAUAUCAGCUCUGUCAUUAAAGAACGCACAGUUGCCCAGAUUAAGACCACAGUAAAAAGGAAGCUCUACGAAGACAACAGAGUCCCGCUGUCAUCAGAGCCACCCCAAAAGACUGUGAAGAAAACCACCAUUGCCAUGGCAGCGACUCCAGCAACCAUGGCUCCAACCUCAAAAGUUGUGACAGCAGGAAUGCAGCGUGCUUCUUCUUCUUCUUUGCCACACACAAUUAAAAAGCCAAAAACUGCAGAUGUGACACUCAGCGCCCUGAAUGACUCGGACGUCAACAGUGACUUGGUGGAUAUGGAAGGGUUAGGAGAGGGUUCUACCAAAAAACCCAACUUCGAUCAAGAUAACAGCUCUGAGUCUUCUCCUAUAAUGCCUGAUAAGUUUGGAGAAUACAUGGCAAGGGACCUGAGACCAUUCCUCCAUACAGAAUCUCUCCAGAUCCUUCAAAUUUCAUGGUCCACACUGGUGGACUUCAGUUCACCCCACAGAUUUUCUAUGGGUUUGAAGUCAGGGGACUGGGAUGGCCAUGGCAGGACCUUGAUUUUGUGAGUGUCUGAGUUUGGACUCCAGCCUUAUAAUGAACUCCAGCGACCUGCCACUACUUUCCCGGUGAAACACCUGAAGACCAAUACGCCAACUCAGAUGUGACGUUCAGGCUAAUAGAUUUUGGUUUGUUCAUGAACACUGGUUAAAGAAAACAGUGACAAACUAAUCUCAAACUCUGUUUUAAUUGUCUGAUACAAGAGUGUUAUUUUUGAAUUUGCUAGAUGUGUUAAGUUCGUGUAAGAUGUAUAAAGUCAAGACUUUGAAUGCGUUAAAACAUUUUCCAUCGAGUGGUUCAGAUCAGCGAGUAAAACUCCUACAGGUGCUCUAGUUUUGCUUUUGUAUUAUAUUUUAAAAAUACUCUAUUGUCAAAGAGGGAUGUGACUGUACUCCCAUAGAAGUUUAUCCAUUGGGUAUUGACACAAUGUAUAAUCAAAUAAAAUAAACGAUCUUAAAUACAGUAUCUUUAUUUUCCUGCUCGAUAUGUACAAUGUAAAAUACAAAUUCAAAGGUGAACAGCAUUUUGUAUGUACUAGAAAUGAGACAUUACCAGGUACAGGAUAUGCUCAGAGGGAAUGAAUAUACCUUUAUAUACCUCAUUGCUUUAUAUUACAGUUCAUAAAAAUACAUCUUCCUCUUCGGUUUGUUGUGGCUACAACAUAUUUACAUCUCAAACACAAGAGGCAAGAGUUGUGUGUGUGUUGUGUCAUUUUAUAGAACGCUCCAUGUGCUUACAAAUAUUAACCCGACUCCCGGCCUCGUGUUCCAGCUUUGUAACAGUCACUGAUUAACACUCGUCCUUCAUUCUUUUUAAAGAAGACGUAGAAGAUGCAGAUAGCAAGCCUCCCGUUUUAAGUGAGAGAAAUAAAAGACAAGACAAAAAAAGUACAAACCGAAAGUAGAAUAAUAAAACACAAAUUUUUCAAGUGAUGUCUGUACUUCAACCAAAAUAAAAUAUGAAGAAAAAAAAAUUACGUCCAAGUUACUGAAAUGAUUUCUAAACAAAAUUGACAAUUUGUGACUUUACAUAAAUAAUACAUUAACAUUUAA